UUCUUCUGACACCUCCUUCCUUCUCCAGCAGCCGGGCAACCAAACCCUCCUCGUAGCAGAUUCCCAUCUUCCCGAACACCUGGCGCCCCAGUUCCCGGCCCGAGGCCACGCCUCCCCGUGGCCACGCCCCCGAUGACGCGGGGCGCCUUGUGCGUGGGGAUUCCCGCGGCCGUGGCCACUACCCGGCCUGCCCCGCGGCAAGAUGGCGGCCUGAAGACUUAGAUGAGCCUUUCCAUAGUCCUAUAGCAGCAUCUGCCCCAAUUUCAGCUGAAGACUCAGGGGCCCCAGAGACUGGAAGAAAUCACAGAGCCUGCUUGGAAAGAAGAAGAGGUAGCAACUUGCCCCAGCCCAACCCCAGAGCGGAGAGCCUUGUUACCUGGGGUCAGCAAGCUGGACUCGCUGGUUGGCAGGGGGAGUGCUGCACUUCCACCUUGCUUGAUUUCUGGAUGGGAGACAGCCCCUGAAGGUCCAGUGCUCCGGAUUUGGGCUGCUCACAAACCAAGCUGUCUGUUUAUAUGGAGUGCCUGGAGGGCGUCUACCAUGAGUCUGUCACUAACCAGGAGAGCUGGCUGAUUGGGGAGAAGACACUAACCCUGAGCUGUUGGCUAGAGGAAGUUGAAGGGGCUGUGGGAUGCGGAGAGCCCAGGGCUAACUCCAGGACAGCAGAACAGAGAGAGCUGCCGACCAAUAGACGCAGGUCAAGGAGCCCUCACCUCCCAGAAUGACCAGUGCGGCUCCUGCUAAGAAACCCUACCGUAAGGCACCACCCGAGCAUCGGGAGUUGCGGCUGGAAGUUCCUGGAUUGCGGCUUGAGCAGGAGGGGCCCCUGACUGAUGCGGAGAGGAUGAAGCUGUUGCAGCAGGAGAAUGAGGAGCUUCGCCGGCGCCUGGCCUCAGCCACCAGGCGCACUGAGGCCCUGGAGCGUGAGCUGGAAAUCGGGCAGGACUGCCUGGAGCUGGAGCUGGGCCAGAGCCGCGAGGAACUGGACAAGUAUAAGGACAAGUUCCGCAGGCUGCAGAACAGCUACACGGCUUCCCAGAGGACCAACCAGGAGCUGGAGGACAAGCUGCACACGCUGAUCAAGAAGGCUGAGAUGGAUAGGAAGACACUGGAUUGGGAGAUCGUGGAGCUGACCAACAAGCUGCUGGAUGCCAAGAACACCAUCAACAAGCUGGAGGAGCUCAAUGAGCGGUACCGGCUGGAUUGCAACCUGGCUGUGCAGCUCCUCAAGUGCAACAAGUCUCACUUCCGUAACCACAAAUUCGCCGAUCUGCCCUGUGAGCUACAGGACAUGGUUCGGAAACAUCUGCACAGUGGUCAAGAGGCUGCCAGCCUGGAACCUGCCCCCAGCCUGGCACCAGGGGCUGUGGUACCCACCUCGAUCAUUGCCCGGGUGUUGGAGAAGCCAGAGUCGCUAUUGCUCAAUUCAGCCCAGUCAGGCAGUGCUGGGCACCCCUUGGCUGAGGAUGUCUUUGUGCAUGUGGACAUGAGUGGGGGUGCCCCGGGUGACCCAGCCAGUCCCCCAGCCCCUGGCAGCCCCACCCCCCAACCCAAUGGGGAGUGCCACUCUCUGGGCACUGCUGGGGGCUCCCCAGAAGAGGAGCUGCCUCUGCCAGCCUUUGAGAAGCUGAGCCCCUACCCCACCCCAUGUCCACCACACCCGCUGUAUCCUGGCCGCAAGGUAAUAGAGUUCUCUGAGGAUAAGGUGCGAAUUCCCCGCAACAGCCCCCUGCCCAACUGCACUUACGCUACGCGCCAGGCCAUUUCCUUGAGCCUGGUGGAGGAGGGGAGUGAGCGGGCCCGCCCCAGCCCAGUGCCCAGCAGCCCUGCCUCAGCCCGGGCCUCACCCCACCACCAGCCCAGACCCACCCCCUCAACCCACAGUGCCCCAGCCAGCUCUGCCAGCUCUGAGGAGGACCUGCUGGCCAGCUGGCAGCGGGCAUUUGUGGACCGUGCUCCACCCCCGGCCGCUCUCACCCAACGCACUGCCUUUGGACGUGAUGCACUCCCUGAGCUGCAGCGCCAUUUUGCUCUUAGCCCUGCUGACAGAGAUGAGGAGGUUCAGGCACCUUCUCCCCCACCCAGUGAGAGUAGGCUUUUGCUGCCUCCAGAACCUGACUCUGGCCUUCCCAGAGAGGAAGAGGAAGAACAGCUGAACCUGCCAGUCAGCCCCGAGGAAGAGCGCCAGAGCCUGCUGCCCAGUGGUAGUGGCACAGAGGAGGGGCCAGGCACUUCCCACACUGAGGUUAGGACCUGGGCACUCCCUAGCUCCAGCCGCCCCCAGCGCAGCCCCAAGAGGAUGGGGGUGCACCACCUGCACCGUAAGGACAGCCUGACCCAGGCCCAGGAGCAGGGCAACCUGCUCAACUAGGGCCCUUGCUUGCCUUCCUGCCACUGCUGCACUGGGACUGCAAGGAGGCUCAUACCCUUGCAGCUCAGGGUCCCCGCCCAGCCGAGCCCUUGGACUUCCCUCCCUCCAGGCCUGCACAGCUCUGCUCCCUGUGCGGGUAGGGUCAGGUGGUAGCCACACCAGGCCUUUCAGCUGCGUUGACUGUGAAUGGCACCGGCUUGCCUCAUGGUUUUUCCCCUUCUUCUUGGAAUAUUUAUUCUCCAAAGGUAACAUGCAGCUGGGGCUCAAGACCUUUCUUCCAAUCAGCCCAGCCCAGGUUGGGCUGUUCUGGGGAGCUGAGGGGUUUAUUCCAUCAGUGUUCAUCCUCCAUCCCCCUUUCAUAUCCAUGAGUUUUGUUUGGUUAUUUUUUUGGGGGGUGGGGGGUGUUGUUGGGAUUAUUAACCUCUAAUUUCUAUUUUCCACCUGUUUCUCUCUCCCCCCAAACCCCCUGCAGGGGUGUUGCCUCCAAGAGGCCUGGAUGAGGGAGAGGGCUGACUCAGGGCUCUGUUUCCUUCCUCCCUCUGGAAGGGAGUAGAGGGUGGGAUUCAGGGGCUUCAAGCUGAGCUCUAUGUGAGGCCUGGCCCCCUCCCCACCUUGGCUCUAGACUGUUACUCCCAGCUUUGGGAAAUUUUCACAUCGAUGACUAUUUUAAAAUUAAUUAAAACUAUUUUACUGGUA